AUGGCUGAUUUACGCCAUAGGACAAUCAUAAAGGCGUUCCUCAAGUUCAGCAAUUCACUUGGUCCAGAUGCCUUGGAGCUAGUUGAGGAAAUCCUCGAUCACCACGAGAUAGCGGACGAGGAUGUAGAGUCUUCGGUCGAAACUCUAGCAGCCGAAUACAACAAGCAAGAAGAUGCAACAAUGAAGGUUGCGGUUGAUGUCCUCCGAAGGGUGUAUCAAGCUCUUCAAGACUCAGAGGGCACAUCCACAGAUGCUGAAAAAGAUGUCAUCGAUCCGGAGAGCCAUUUGUUUGUUAUUAAUGCAUAUGAGAUGCCGGCGUGGCGCUGGUCAACGGAGCGGGGAACCUUUGAGCGGGUUACUACGCCAUUGACGACGUCUGGAUCCGCAGAGUCGCGAGUACUCGCUGUACGUGAUAGGUUGAAUAUCAUCAAACAAUGCGUUCUGCGGAACGAACAUUUCGCUCCGUCCACACUCCCCUCGCGAGACCGUCAGAAUCUGGUGACGCUGAAAUCAACGAAACAGCUUCUUGGUCGUGCGGGUGAUCGGUUCCUUUUACUGGGUAUGUUGUCACAUACGAAGGAAGGGAACAUAUGCCUGGAAGACGCGGACGGUAGUGUCAACCUCGAUUUCUCAAAACUCGAUGAACCUGGGGAAGGUCUUUUCACUGAAGGGUGUUUUGCUCUCGUAGAGGGUGAAUAUACUGAAGAGGGUACUCUUGAGAUUAUUGCGAUUGGGCAACCUCCUUGCGAAGCCAGGGAGGUAGCUCGGUCUAUUUACGGCCAUAUAGAUUUCUUGGGCAAAGGCGCAACCUCAAUAUUAGAGGAUACUAGACUGGCACAACGAGUUCAAGAGGACUUAGCAAACCUCCACUUCUUCUUCCUGUCCGACGUAUGGCUGGACAACCCUAUCACAUUCGUUGGCUUGCAAAAGCUGUUUGAUAAUUGCAGGGACAAUGAUUUUAUACCUAAAGUUAUCGUUCUUUGUGGUAACUUCACAAGUCGCUCGAUCUCACACGGAAAUGGACAAGACAUACAACGGUACACUGAUAAUUUCGAUGAGCUCGCAGAGCUGAUUUCGUCAUACCCCGAGAUAACUCGCGACACCCACUUCGUCUUCGUGCCUGGACCAUUAGACAUCGCUGUAAACUCUAUUCUGCCGCGACGACCGUUGAUUUCGACAUUCGUCAGUCGACUAAAGAACAGAGUCCCGCAUGUUCACUUCGCCACAAAUCCUUGUCGCAUCAAGUUUUUCCAUCAGGAAAUAGUAGUAUUUCGCGAAGAUCUGAUGUCUCGGAUACUCCGAAAUACCGUUGGCGUCAAGCCCGAUAUACAGAGCGGAGAUCUGAAAAAAUAUCUUGUCCAAACGGUUCUUGAUCAAGCCCAUCUUAAUCCCUUCGUUGUCAACAUAAGUCCCACACUUUCAGACUUCGAUCAUACCCUAAGGUUAUACCCAUUGCCCACCGUGGUGGUGCUUGCCGACAAAUAUGAUAGAUAUAAAGUAACCUAUACCGGUUGCCAUGUUUUUAACCCAGGCAGCUUUGUACGAAACUCUUUCUCGUUUUGGGCAUACAAGCCAGCAGAGUGCAACUCGGAGGAGUGGCAACAUCCUGGAGAUGUCAGAACCUGA